AACAAAAUAGUAAAAAGAACCCGAGAGAGAGAGAGAGAGAGAGAGAGAGAGAGAGAGAGAGACUGACCUGAAACUGGGCCAACUCUCACUCCUCACUCUUCGCAUCGGUUGCAUCACACAUAGAGUCACCUUCGCCUUCCGCGGCGCGUGGGCUAAUGCAUCAUGCACUAAACGCACACCCAUAAAGAAAAAGCUAAACACCUAAAAGAAUUGCAUAACACCCCAAGGAAAGAAAAAAAAAAAAGGAAAUCAAGAAUCCUUUUCCUUCUAAAAUCGCAUCAGACUCUCGUAUAUAUUCAGUCACAUUGUGCCGAUUAUCACUUAUUUCUUUUCUUCUUUUGUUCCUCUAAAAUCUUUCCUGUUUCCAAGUUUGUUUCCUUUUUGUUAUUAUCUCUAACCAUUUAAGACUCCUUUUGCUUCCAACUACUAGUUAUACUGCUUUAGUUGUUUUUGUUGUUGCCGUUUUUGGUUUCUGCUAUGACUAAACCAGAGAAGAAGAGACCAUUAGACAUGGUCUCAGGAGAGUUUUCAGGCUUUGUGCUUGAUCCUGCACAAUGCAGUCAGCUAAGCAUGGGGGAGAAAAGAGAACUCAUUCGAGAGAUUGCUCAGCGGUCUGAAGAUGCCACAGAGAUUCUUAGUUCAUUCACCCGCAGGGAGCUUCUUGAAAUUAUCUGCGCUGAGAUGGGUAAAGAGAGAAAAUACUCGGGAUAUACUAAACUUCGGAUGAUAGAGCACCUUUUAAAGUUGGUUUCACAGAAGUCCAAAAGGAGCAACAUUAAUGAUAUUAUUGCCCUGUCUCCUGCCAAAACUGAGGCUGGAUUUAAAAGGCAAAGGAAGAAAGAAUCACAACUUCAACUAUCAACUGACACAAAUCUUGUUUAUGAGGAGAAUAACAAAGAAGAGGAAGAAGUUAAACUCCAUGUCUGUCAGAAUAUUGCGUGCAAAGCUACUUUAUCUCCAGGUGAUGCUUUUUGCAAGAGAUGUUCUUGUUGUAUCUGUCACUACUACGAUGAUAACAAGGAUCCUAGUCUAUGGUUAACUUGCGGUUCUGAUUCUCUUGAUGAGAAGUCAUGUGGACUUACUUGCCAUUUGAUAUGUGCUUUGAAGAAUGAAGGAACUGGAAUUAUGAAGACUGGUUGUCAUGCAAAGUUGGAUGGAAGUUUCUACUGUGUUUCUUGUGGGAAGAUUAAUGGAUUAAUGAGAACCUGGAAAAAACAAUUGUUGAUUGCCCAAGAGGCUAGAAGAGUUGAUGCAUUGUGUCUGCGUGUCCUAUUGGGUUAUAAGAUUCUCACGGGGACACAGCAAUACAAGGAAAUGCAGAAUAGCCUAGAAACUGCUUUGGAACUGCUGAAGAAAGAGUUGGGACCUCUUGAUCUAGUGUAUGCCAAGAUGGCGCGAGGAAUUGUUAAAAGGCUCUCCUGUGGUGCUGAAGUUCAGAAGUUGUGUGCUUCUGCUGUGGAAGCUUUUGAUUCAGCAUUUUCUGACUGCUCUCUUAAUCAUGUCAAAAAGGUAGAGCCAACAUUGGCUUCAGCUUGUCAGAUUAGAUUUGAAGAAUCCUCCCCGACAUCUGUGUUUGUUGUGCUUGAAUACAUAGAUAAUCUGUCCGAGGACUUGUUAGGUUGCAUGCUGUGGCAUCGUGGGUCUACAGUGAAGGAUUAUCCACACAAGCCCACUCAUAUUAUAUUGAAGCCAGAGAAAAAAUUUAAGAUAACUGGUUUAACCCCCUCUACUGAGUAUUGCUGCAAGGCUUCUUUCUUUGGCAGCACAGGGAUUCUGAAUGUUUUAGAAACUAAAUGGAAUACACCUACAUCAAAUGAUGGUGUUACAGCUCUAGGUGAAAGUGCAGAGGAAGAAGAUUCUAGAAUAACACGACUUCAAUCUCAAGUGAAAUCAGCCAACUCCAGAAACAUCAAAUUAAUUGGGGACCACUCGACAAGAUCAAAGUCUUUAAAGUACAUCAACCAGAAGAAGAAUGAAAGAUCAUGCUCACUGCCAGCUUCCACGGAAGUUGUUUCGUCAAUAAGCAUUGAAUCACUUUCUCCUUCCACCCCUUGCAAGUCUAGUGAAAUGCAAGAUGUAUCAGCCUUGGGCUGUAAAAAGCACAAAGAGGAGAGUGCUUACGAAUAUUCAGUGAGAGUAGUGAAGUGGUUAGAGAGCAAAGGGCACAUAGUAGAAGAUUUUAGAGUAAAAUUUCUAACUUGGUUCAGCUUGAAAGCCACAAUGCAAGAGAGAAGGGUGGUCAACGUCUUUGUGGAGGCUUUGAUUGAUGAUCCACCAAGCUUGGCUGGGCAGCUCAUCCAUUCCUUCACGGACGAGAUUUGCUCUGAGAGAAAAACAACUCCUGAGCAUGGGUUCUGCACCAGAAAUUCAUGGCAUGCAACAUCUAAGGAGGGCGGGCUCAUAAAUACAACAUUGUGAUCAUUGUACAGUAAAACUCUCUAGGAAAAUGUUUUGCAGAAAGAAUAUUCAGGAAAAUGUUUCCUUGAGGGACAACCGAAUUGAAACAUCUAUUGUGGGUAUUAUUUUAAUCAUAGUCUGUCUUUGCAUCUAA